CCGCAUUUGUUUAUAAUUUAGUAAGUACUUCGGAAAAGUCAAAAUGUUAAUUUCUAGUCAUUUGAAAUGAGAAAUCAACAUAAUGUCAUUAUUAAGAUCAAAUGCCAUGAAGUUUCUUAGCAUUUGCAUUAUCAUUUCACUCAUACUGACGUUCAUCAUUAGUGUUCUGCCAAUUUCAUUGGAGCCAUGCAACUGCGAGAGCUACAUCGAGAGCCACAACUCAAUCCACAAUGACGUACAGAACAAAAAAUAUUACAACUCAAUAAUCAACUCAUUAAAUAUUGGAAAUAAGAAGAAAUUGGCAAUUGUUGUUCCAUUCCGUGAUAGAUUUGAUGAACUUCUCGAAUUUGCGCCUCAUAUGAAUAAGUUCUUGACUGAACAGGGCGUGCCACAUCACAUUUUUAUAGUUAAUCAAAUAGAUCGUUUUAGAUUUAAUCGUGCUGCACUGAUCAAUGUUGGAUUUUUAUUUGUGAAGGAUCAUUUUGACUAUAUUGCUAUGCAUGAUGUUGACCUUCUUCCAAUCAACAAAGACUUAAAGUACGAGUAUCCAGAAAGUCCCCUUCACAUAGCAGCACCAGGUCUCCACCCAAAAUAUCACUAUCCAAGCUUCAUCGGAGGAAUUUUACUGUUAAAAAAUGACCAUUUUGAACUUGUCAAUGGAAUGUCGACGAAAUAUUGGGGUUGGGGACUUGAGGAUGAUGAAUUUUAUGUCAGACUCAAAGAUGCUGGAUUAGAAAUCAUUAGGCCACAGAAUAUUAAGACUAAUAUGACGAAUACAUUCGUACAUAAUCAUGAUCGACUCCAUAGAAGACGUGAUACACUCAAAUGUUACAAUCAAAAAGAGGAAACAAGGAAGCGUGAUAGAAAAACUGGAUUGAAUACCAUGAAAUACAAUAUUAAUGCACGAAAAGAACUGGAUAUCGACGGUGUGAGAGUGACUGUUCUUAAUGUUAAACUUGAAUGCGAUAAAAACUUAACGCCAUGGUGCGACUGCACUGAAAUGCCAAAAGAGUCAAAGCUGAAAAGCAAAGGACGGCGAUGAUCUUUUUGAGGACUUUAGCUAGGUUUUUUGUGAGAUUUUUUA